ACAGUACAAAGUCCAGAUUUUUUUUAUUCCGUUGUUUUUGUGUGUAUUAGAAUUUUAAUCUUACUAUCUUGAACUUUGUAACACCGAUAAUCAAACUUAUAUUAAUUAAAUUCUCAUUUAUUUUUAGUCAAAAUAUAUUAUUUGCUCAGUUCGUUUGUUGAGGUCGGUGAGUUUAAACGAUCAAAGUGAAAAAAUGACUUCUCUAACUAAAGGAAUUUUUAUUGUUGGUGCAAAACGUACACCUUUUGGUACAUUUGGGGGCAAAUUGGCCAAAUCUCACAUCACCGAUCUCCAAGUAAUUGCGUCCAAAGGUGCCUUAGCCGCUGCUAAUGUUAAGCCCGAACUAGUCGACACCGUAGUCAUUGGUAACGUCAUUCCGUCUGUAGCAGCUGAUGGUGGUUUCCUUGCAAGGCAUGUAUUGCUCAAAUCAGGUAUCCCAUUGGAAAAACCAGCCUUUUCAGUGAAUCGACUAUGCGGAUCUGGAUUCCAGUCUAUUAUUAAUGGAUUACAAGACAUAACAACGGGUCUUGCGGAAAUAGCACUAACAGGAGGUGUAGAAAACAUGUCAGCCUCCCCCUAUAUCGUUCGCAACGUCCGUUUCGGAAACAUUCCCUUAGGCGUUAGCCCCAUACUGGAAGAUACCGUCACUGUCAGUGGAUUGGACACUAUGUGUGGUUUAAACAUGGCCCUAACGGCUGAAAAGCUCGGAGAACAGUUUAAACUAUCCAGAGAUGAGGUGGAAGAGUUUUCAUUUAGUUCCCAACAGCGCUGGAAAGCAGCUCAAGAUGCUGGAAAGUUCAAAGAUGAAAUCGUACCCGUUCCAAUUAAGGAGAAAAAGGAGAUUGUCAACUUUGAGGUUGAUGAGCAUCCAAGACCGUGGACUACCCUGGAUAUGUUAAAGAAACUGCCCACAAUAUUUAAAAAGGAUGGAUUGGUCACAGCUGGAACAGCUUCAGGUAUCAGUGAUGGCGCAGGCGCUGUUGUCGUAGCAAGUGAAGCUGCUGCAUCCAAGCACAACCUAAAACCACUAGCCAGGAUCGUUGCUCACUCAGUGGUCGGUGUAGAUCCUUCCAUUAUGGGAUUCGGACCAGCUCCAGCAAUCAGAAACAUUCUUAAGAUCACCGGAAAAACUUUGGAUGACAUUGAUUUGAUAGAAAUUAAUGAAGCUUUUGGUGCCCAAACUUUGGCUUGUGCCAAAGAUUUAAAAUUGGAUAUGAAUAAACUAAACGUUAAUGGUGGGGCUAUUGCUCUAGGUCAUCCUUUGGCUGCCUCUGGAUCUAGGAUAAUCGGGCAUUUAGUAUACGAAUUAAAACGCAGAAAUGCUAAAUAUGGUAUUGGUUCCGCCUGCAUUGGAGGUGGUCAAGGAAUAGCAAUCAUGAUUGAAAAUUUAUAGAAAGAACGAAAAGCAUUUCCAGAAGAAAAUAAGGGUUAAGGGUUUUCGCCAAUAUUAAGACUGGAUAUUAAUUGUUUUUAGAAAUAUUUAUGUAUACAGUAUUGUUGUUUUUCUUAAUCAGAUUACCACAAUUAUUGAGAAAUAAUUUUGAUUGAUAUUUUUUUAAUAAGGUACAUUUUGUUACAUAUCUAUAAACUGUAGAUUCAUCUAAUAUUUUAUCUACUCUAAUAAAAUAUACAUUUUUA